UCCUCUGUUGCUGUCGUCUUUCUGCUCUCUGCUACCCCCAGUUCAUGAAUCAUAUUAGCACAAAGUUUGUUUUUAUCUACGACGUUCAUUGCAGCAUUUGACGGCCGAGCAGCCGAAAUGGUGUUUAACAUGACUGUCAACAGUGCCUGGAGGGCAACGAGGACGCUGUGGCUGCUUAUGCUAGUGAGUCUGUCUGUGAGCAUAUGCGUUUGCCGAGCAUCUUCAAUUCAGGAGGAGGACAGUGCCAUGGAGAACAUCGUUACAGAGAAAAAGGUUGAGGAGAGCCACAGGCAAGACAGCGCGGACCUGCUCAUCUUCAUAAUGCUCCUCACCCUCACCAUCCUAACCAUCUGGUUGUUCAAACACCGGCGGUUUAGGUUUCUGCACGAAACUGGACUGGCGAUGAUUUAUGGUGUACUUGUUGGCGUGGUAUUGCGCUAUGGCAUCCAUGUUCCUCGGGACAUUAGCAACGUCACAAUGAGCUGCCACGUCAAUGCCAGCCCCGCCACUCUGCUGCUCAACAUCAGUGGGAAAUUCUACGAGUACACUCUGAAGGAAGAGAUCAGUGCCAACAAGGUGAACGACAUGCAAGAAGAUAAUGAGAUGCUGCGAAAGGUGACCUUUGACCCUGAAGUGUUCUUCAAUAUUCUCCUUCCACCUAUCAUCUUCCAUGCUGGCUACAGCUUGAAAAGGAGACACUUUUUCCGUAACAUGGGAUCCAUCCUGGCCUAUGCCUUCCUGGGGACAGUUGUUUCCUGUUUUGUUAUUGGGUUGCUGAUGUACGGCUGUGUAUUGCUAAUGAAGCAGGUGGGACAGCUCGGUGGAGACUUCUUCUUCACUGAUUGUCUGUUCUUUGGAGCCAUUGUCUCUGCCACAGAUCCUGUGACGGUCCUGGCCAUCUUCAACGAGCUGCAGGUAGACGUUGAUCUAUACGCUUUGCUGUUUGGAGAGAGUGUGCUCAACGAUGCAGUGGCUGUGAUUCUGUCCUCCUCUAUAGUAGCGUACCAGCCACAGGGGGACAACACUCACACCUUUGAGGUCAUGGCGUUGCUGAAGUCUUUCGGGAUGUUCCUUGGAGUUUUCAGCGGCUCCUUUGCUCUGGGAGUGGCCACCGGGGUCGUCACUGCUCUCGUAACCAAGUUCACUAAACUGAGGGAUUUCCCGCUGUUGGAGACGGCUCUGUUCUUCCUAAUGUCAUGGAGCACAUUCCUGCUGGCUGAGGCCUGUGGCUUCACAGGUGUGGUGGCGGUACUGUUCUGUGGAAUCACUCAGGCCCACUACACCUUCAACAAUCUGUCUCCUGAUUCCCAGGACAGGACUAAACAGUUGUUUGAGCUGCUAAAUUUCCUGGCAGAGAACUUCAUUUUCUCCUACAUGGGUCUGGCCCUGUUCACCUUCCAGAACCAUGUCUUCAAUCCCAUGUUCAUCGUUGGAGCUUUUGUGGCAGUUUUCCUGGGAAGAGCUGCGAACAUCUACCCUCUCUCAUUACUUCUUAAUCUGGGACGACGCAACAAGAUCACAUCCAACUUCCAGCACAUGAUGAUGUUUGCGGGACUGCGAGGUGCAAUGACCUUCGCCCUGUCCAUCAGGGACACGGCGACAUACGCCCGUCGGAUGAUGUUUACCACCACUCUGCUCGUAGUCUUCUUUACUGUUUGGAUUUGUGGAGGUGGCACCACCCAGAUGCUGUCCUGCCAGCACAUACGAGUGGGAGUGGACUCUGAUCAAGAUAACCCUGUGAGUAUCACUGAAGGCUCAGAGAGAAGAAGCACCAAACAAGAAAGUGCCUGGCUUUUCAGAAUUUGGUACAACUUUGACCACAACUAUCUGAAGCCCAUCCUGACUCACAGCGGCCCCCCUCUCACAGCCACGCUGCCUCCCUGCUGCGGCCCCCUCGCCCGCUUCCUCACCAGCACUCAGGCCUAUGAGAAUGAGUGCCAGUUGAAGGAUGACGACUCUGACCUCAUCCUGACAGACGGUGACAUCAACCUGACCUACGGCGACAUCACAGUCAGUACAGAUGCCUCAGGUUCCCACACGAGCGGCGGCCCAGCCUUUGCUGGCGCUGCCACCUCCGAUGACUUGGACAGAGAGUUAACGUACGGAGAUCACGAGCUGGUGAUGAGGGGCACACGCCUGGUGCUGCCCAUGGAUGACUCUGAGCCGCCCUUUACGGACCCCCACCACCGCUUGCGGAUGUGAAGAUAGUCUUUCAACGCCGACCCAGACAUACCGUCCGACUCACAGUGACCCGAGCCAUCGAGCAAAAGACCAGUACCUGACAUUCCUUCUUUCACUCCUUCACUUUGUUCACUUUUGCUCUCACCUCAUUCUUCUCUCUCUCUCUUCCCCCUCCCACCCCGACACGCACACACACACACACACACACACACACACACACAUUUCCUUACUUCCCCUAGUGGCAAAUCACUGUCUCUACCUCAUUCUCCUCCCUCUACUCAUUUCCACACCUCUCUGGCAUCUGCCAUAAUUGUAAUAUAGUCUUAUUUAUUUGCAGUUUUAUUUUUUAUUCAACUUCACUUAGUUUGGCUUAAAGCUGCGUGUCAGUCACCUUACUGUAGCAUUGCACAGAGGUCCAGCAGCAUGUGUUAGUGUGUAAAUGCAAGUAGCAACCACUAGCUAAUUUGUCGAUGUACAGUAUAUCACUAGAGUACUAUAACUUUGAUUUGCAUGCUGAGGAUGCUUGGUGUUUUCUUCGUAUGGGAGGUUGAGGGCUUUUGUGUUUUGGGUCUGACUUUGAAUGUUGCUGCCUUUUCUCUGCCCAUCAGAGGCAUGCUGACCCAGUGGACAACUUUACUGUACAUUUUUGUUACAAUCAAGUGCCUGGGAAUUGUAAUUUUAAGCCUGGCAACCCAUACUGGAUCAGCUCUUGAAAGCAGAGCCAGUUCAGGAUGGGCAAUCAUGCAGUUGUAGUUUUACUUUGUAAAAAAGAACAAAAUAUACAAAAACAACUAAACCGACCCCUCUGUCCAUAAGGUAGCAAUAUACUCAGUGGGUGUUUGGGCUGUUAGUUUGUGCUAUUCGCCUGUAAAUAGUGUGUAACAAUGUGAUGUCACUGAUGCAGUGUAACCUGGCAGUGAGAGUUGUGGAUCUCUCCCAAUGACCUUUGACUGUGACAUAGAGAGGGACUUUACACCUUAUUGUAGAAGCUGAUGUCGCUCACGGCAGAAGGAAGGGCUUUUGUUCCAAAAAGGAGAUCCAAGUGAGUUUUAUCAGAGAGAGAUUAGUGCCAUUUUGUUCUGCAUUUUGACAUUUUGUGAAAACUGAAUGCAGACAACCUUAAAGUGUUUUGUAUUAUUUUUGCAACAGAGCUUAGUUACUUAAAGCUGAGUCACAUUUGUCAUAAACAUUUAGCUUUGUGUGUACAGUUUCUAUAACAUUUGUGCAUUAUUGUCAGGACUUUGGAUGAAAUAUUUCACAUUAAAUGAACCUGAAGAACACACAUAGAUACAUGAAUUUGCCACUAAAGAAGUUUGUUAUUGGUCAGAACAUAAGAGAUUUUGUGAGUAUAAUUUUGGCAAAUCAGAGAAUUGAUUAUCUCUCUUAUGAUUUUAUUAGGGCUGCAGCCAAAUAUUAUUUAUCAUCAAUUAAUCUGAAAGCUAUUUUUUGUAGUAUAGAUCAAAUUGAUUAAUCAUUUGAUCUAUACAGUGUAACAUGCCCAUCACAAAUAUCUUGUUUUGUCUGAUCAACAGUUGAAAACCCAAAGAUAUUCAAUCAAUAUAAAAGAAAUU